AUGAAGCAUCCCAUUAUACUUCUUUCAAGUCAUCAUUUCACCAAGCUGGUGGUUUCAUAUUAUCACAAAAAGUUGUUUCACGCAGGCGCACAAACAACGUUAAGCGCAAUAAGAGAAGAAUUUUGGCCGAUAUUAGCAAAAAAUUUGGUUAAAAGAAUGAUACGAAACUGCGUGGGAUGUCGCAAAGUGAACCCUAAGGCUAGCUGGCCAAUUAUGGGCCAACUGCCGGCAGUUCGAGUUAAUAUGGCAAGGCCUUUCUGGAAUACUGGCGUCGAUUAUUGUGGCCCAUUCUACGUGAGAGAUCGAGUUCGGCGAAACUGCAAGCGUUAUAAAGCGUACGUGGCUAUUUUUGUAUGUAUGGCUACAAAAGCAGUGCACAUCGAACUAGUAGAAGAUCUGACAACGGAAGCCUUUCUUGCUGCGAUGAAGAGACUGGACUGGCAUUUCAUACCGGCAAGGUCCCCACACUUUGGAGGCAUAUGGGAAUCAACGGUACGCUCCAUGAAGUUACACUUGAAGCAUACUAUUAGAGAGUCCUGUCUUACCGUUUCCGAGAUGACAACGGUCUUGGUUCAAAUAGAGGCCAUAUUAAAUUCAAGGCUUCUGACUCCUUUAUCAGAUGAUCCUAAUGAUCUGCAAGCAAUAACUCCAGGUCAUUUUCUAAUAGGAGAAAAUCUACAAGCGUAUCCAGAACGUGACAUACGGGAAGUAGCGGCAAAUAAACUUUCACGGCUACAACAUAUUCAGCAAAUAAGACAGCAUUUCUGGUCCCAAGAGGAACAAGUAGAAGUUAAGAUCGAGUUUACAGUCGGACAACUUGUCAUGCUCAAAGAUAACAAAGCUGUACCGCUAAAAUGGGUUUUAGCAAGAGUUGUGGAAAUACAUCCAGGUCUAGACGGAGUAGUGCGAGCGGUUACUGUGCGUACGGAUAAGGGAAUUUAUAAAAGAUCAGUAGUAAACGUAUCUCCAUUGUUGGAAUAG